GGCCAUUGCUUUUUGAUGCUUUCCUGCGCGCUCUCUACAAGUGACAUUAGGUUUACAGCCGCGUGACAGCGGAAGCCUGAGGAAAGAGAGAGACAAGCCCGAACGUCAAUCCCACACUGAAUGCUGCCUCAGUCCUCCUGGUCACGUGGCUCCAGAGGCCCCGCCCUCCAGCCUGCUUCGUUGCUAGGCAACCGCGGAGGCGCGGCGCUUGGAGUUGCUAGGCCCUAGGAUCCGCGUGUGUGGAUGGACCAGUACUGCAUCCUGGGCCGCAUAGGGGAGGGCGCCCAUGGCAUCGUCUUCAAGGCUAAGCAUGUGGAGACUGGUGAGAUCGUUGCCCUCAAGAAGGUAGCCCUGCGGCGACUAGAGGAUGGCAUCCCCAACCAAGCCCUUCGGGAGAUCAAGGCUCUGCAGGAGAUUGAGGACAGUCAGUUUGUGGUGCAGCUGAAGGCUGUGUUCCCGCAUGGCAUGGGCUUUGUCCUGGCCUUCGAGUUCAUGCUGUCAGACCUGGCUGAAGUGGUUCGCCAUGCCCAGAAGCCACUGGCCCCAGCCCAGGUUAAGAGCUACCUGCAGAUGCUGCUGAAGGGUGUGGCCUUCUGCCAUGCCAACAACAUCGUGCAUCGGGACCUAAAACCUGCCAACCUGCUCAUCAGCGCAUCAGGCCAGCUCAAAAUCGCUGACUUUGGCCUGGCCCGGAUCUUUUCUCCAGAUGGCAGUCGCCUCUACACACACCAGGUAGCCACCAGGUGGUACCGAGCCCCAGAGCUACUAUACGGCGCCCGCCAGUAUGACCAAGGCCGAGGACUCUGGGGGCGUGUACCACUGGACUUGGAACUCCAAACUCUGGUUGAGUUGUUGGAGGUGCCAUGUUCGUCUGUGUUCUGUGGGAGAUCACAGAGCUGCCGGACUACAACAAGAUCUCCUUUAAGGAGCAGGCACCCGUGCCCCUGCAGGAGGUGCUGCCCGAUGCCUCUCCUCAGGCUUUGGAUCUCCUGGGUCGCUUCCUCCUCUACCCGCCUCGCCAGCGCAUUGCAGCAUCCCAGGCCCUCCUGCAUCAGUACUUCUUCACGGCUCCCUUGCCUGCCCACCCAUCAGAGCUGCCUGUUCCCCAGCGCCCAGGCGGGCCCGUCCCCAAGGCACAUCCGGGGCCCCCCCACAUCCAUGACUUCCACGUGGACCGGCCUCUGGAGGAGUCGCUGUUAAACCCAGAGCUGAUUCGGCCCUUCAUCCCGGAGGGGUGAGGCGCUGGCUCCCGUCCUGCCUGCCUGCCCCACGGUGCAUCCUCUGCUUCCUCGCUGACUCAGCCUCCAGAGCCUGGCACAGCCACACAGAGCCACCCCAUGUCUUGCCCUGUUCCUUCACCCCCACAAGGCAGUGUCAAGGAGGCAGAGGGCACAGCCUGGCACAGCCCAGCAGAGGAGACCCACGGCCUGUGCACUGAGCCAUCAGAAGCGGGAGCCGUGCCUUCAUGAAGUGGCAUGCUGCUUUAGGCCUUCUCCGGACACUGUCUCCUGCCCUGGGACAGCUGCAUCAGAAUCGUCUGGGGGAGUGCAGAGAGGAUGGUGUCUUCAUGUUGGAAACUCCUGUGGGAAGCAGGUGUGCUUCUGUUUGCUUUGUUCUCAGUGAGCCUUUUGGUUCCCUAAUUGAGAUUUAUAUAAAAGCCUCAAUGGCUCUGA